AUGAAAAGAAUUCAUAUCAAUGAAUUUGGAUAUAUUUAUCUAUCUAUCUAUCUAUCUAUCUAUCCAUCUAUAUAUCUAUCUACAGAUAAUCUAUCCAUCCAUUUAAAAUAUAUAUUUUUCAUUCAUUUAUUAAAAAUAAAAUUCAUUCAUUCAUUCAUCAUCUGGUUCAAUCUGUUCUAUCUUUCAUCUAUCAAAUCACAUCCAUCUAAAAAAUAUUAUAAAUUUAUCAGUCAUAUAUCUAUCUGUCAAUAUUCUACAGAUAUCUUUGAUGACAUAUAUAUCUAUAUAUCUAUAUAUCUAUCUAUCUAUCUAUCUAUCUAUCUAAUUAUAUUAAUCAUAUCUAUCUAUCUAUCUAUCUAUCUAUCUAUCAUCAUAUCUCCAUCUAUCUAUUCAUCUAUCUAUCUAUCUAUAUAUCUAUCUAUCUAUAUAUAUCAUAUCCUUAUCAAUAUAUUCAUAUAUCAUAUAUCAUAA